CAUCUUGCUGCCCGCCGCGGGGCUGGGGCCGGGAGCGGGGGGGCCGGGAGCGAGGGGUCCGAUACGGUGGCCUCCAAGGCCUCCUCGCCCUGAUCCUCGUUAGAGCCGAGGCUCGCCUGGAACUGGCGCAAUGUUUUUAACAGUGGCCCUACUCGGGAAGAGGAUCCCUGGAAAGCAGUGGAUUGGAAAAUACAGGCGGCCGAGAACAGUAACCAUUGCCAUGAAGCAGGCCAUGAUCCGAAGGCUGGAAAUUGAAGCAGAGAACGAAUACUGGCUGAGCCGCCCGUACCUGACACGGCAGGAGGAGUACAAUCACAACAAGGAUGUGAGAGUGGCCAGAUGGGAGGCUUUUAAAGCCAUGAAGUCGUCCAAGUUCCCUGAGCAUAGAUAUAUGAGCGACCACUUGAACCACUUAAAUGUCUCAAAGAAGUGGACCUCUUGAGCGGCGGCACGGCUGUACUUGUGCUGCUGGGAGAUGCAGUAUUGUACCCCUUGUGGCUGCUCUGUAAUGCAGUGUAACAAAGGCAGGUGAGAAAUCAGACAGCUACGGUGUACAAAAUCUUACAUUAAAGUAAUCCUACAGAA